AUGGUUAUACCUCAACUACUGACUUAUUCAAGUAGACUUUUGUUGGUGGCAUCAGUGGCUCAUCUGUGCUCUCUGAAAGUAUCGCGCGCUAGACGUUCACUGCCAGAUUUGGUUGCGAUUGUGUUGUGGGCGGCUCUGAUCUAUUUGAAAUGGCGACAACCAACAAAAGAUAUUAUCCUCAGUCAACUGGCUUGCUCAUCAGUGCUAACAGUGAUUGCGUUUGCGGUCGCAUUUCUGCCCAGGAAACUGCUGCAUCGAAAGCGUCCCAAUCGUAUUAUUCACAGUACUCAGAAUCAAAAUCGUCCACGAGCCACAAGAGAAGGUACACCGUCACGUGAAUUGGGCAGUUUAUUGGAUGGUCUUCAUCUGGGCGAUUCUGGAGGAAGAGAAUCUUCGCAGAUGAAUGCAGGUCAAGAUCAUAGUCCACCACUAUCAUCGGUUUCCUCUUGUACAACAUCGUUGAGACGAAGACGGGGUUUCAUUGCGUUAAGAUCGGAAAUUUCAGGACCAUUCGACUCAAUGAAACGUCCCGUACUGGCACCACCACGUUUCCGUCUCGGUAAUCAGCAACCAUCGAUGUCGCAGUAUUCUGCGUCGAAUCCAUUCAUGUCGUCAUCACGCNGUUUCCGUCUCGGUAAUCAGCAACCAUCGAUGUCGCAGUAUUCUGCGUCGAAUCCAUUCAUGUCGUCAUCACGCUACGUGCCCUCAGCACCUCCAUCAGUAAUGACUUCAGUUAGUGAAAUGAGGUCAUCCAGCAACCAGUCCUCGUAUACAGUCAUUCACUUGUUGUGUGCGUUGAUUGCGUUGAUUAGUAUAUUUGUCAAUGUGUUUAUGUUCUAUCGUAUGAAUUCAACAAAAUCCGAUUAA